UUUCUGGGUAGUUUAAAUGGAAACCCGAAACAUUCAAUAUGGCUGCGCACUGCAGUAACCUCAUGUUGCGGCUUGCAAUCAGUAGUGCUGGAAGCUCAUUGGUGCAGGGCCUGUUCCGACCGUCGGUGUCGGUGCAGCAGGUGCGCUGGGCCAAAGCAAACAAGCACUGGCAUCCAAAAUGGAAGGCCUUGCGGCGGCGCAAGGUUAUCAAGAUCAAGCUGCCUGAGUUCGAGGAGUUUCGAAACAGGGACCAGCUGACGCCGGAGGAGAUGCGCUCCAAGCUGAAGGAGCAAGGUGUCGCCCCCGAUCGACCGUGGAAUGAACGGCCCAUGGUCAUCAGCUGCUCGGGUGGUGUCUUUGAACCAUACCUCCCUCCCGAGGGUGAUGGAAAAGUGAGCGUCCUGACCAAGGCCGGAGCCAUUCAACGCAUGCGGCGCCUUGAGAUGCGUGGGAAGUCCUACAUGAACCUGCGAAAGAUCCGCGCCUAUGAGGACGAAUUUGACCUCGUCGAAUUUGCUGACACGGCCCAGGAUAUCUACAUAGAAGCUCACAAGGCACUUGUUAGUCGAGACGAAGACAAGCUUCAUGACCUGGUGACUGAGCACUGCUACCCUAUCAUGAUGGCGAACAUAGAGCGCAAGACACUGCGCUGGCAGUUUGUGCGCAGCCUUGAGCCCCCGCGAGCAGUGCACGUGCGGUGCACUGACAUGAUCAGUAAGGAGAACCUGUUCGGCCAGAUCACCAUGCGAUUCCACAGCCAGCAGACAUUGGCAGUGUAUGAUCGUUUUGGCCGCCUAAUGCACGGAAGUGAAGCGAUGAUCAAGGACGUUUUGGAGUAUGUAGUCUUCGAGAAGCACAUUUCAAAUGUGUACGGCACAUGGCGCAUACACUCCAAGAUCAUCCCAGAGUGGCAACCGCCAAAGGAACCCAUGCUGAAGACAUUUGUCAAGCCAAAGUCAGAGCCAGAGCCAGCUGCUGCCACAACAGAGACCACUACCACCACCACCAGUGAAACGCCGCCUCCUCCACAGUCACAGUCGUCACACCCCUCUGGGGAGACAUUUGCAGCGGCGUGAUAGUAGGACAUCAGUUUUAAGAAAA